CGAAGAAGGACCAGCCAAACGCCACAGGAGUCGAAGCUGCUGUUUUUACAGGAUAGUAUACAGGAAUCGAGCCAAAAGACACAUCAUGGCAACACCAGUUCCUGUGCUCCGCCUGCCCAAAGGACCCGACCCCAACAGCCGUGGAUUUGACCCCAAAUCACCCCGCUACAUCUCUCUCUGCCGUACAUCUAUUUCGUCGUCUGCUGUGUCAGAUGCUGACUCAGAGGAAUUGCAGAGAGAGCAGCAUGCGCGAUCUGUGCUGCGAGAGCGUUUCUUAAGGUGCCUCCUUGCCAUGGCCAACAAGAAGGUCCACUUUCACAUGUUUGAGAAGGUGAAGGUGGAAGCCACGUUUGGAGCUUCAGACAUUGACGUACUAAACUUUCAGGUGUCAGACCUGCACACUCCCAUAGGGGUACAGAAAGAAGCACUGAUCCGAUGUCAGGAUGUGAUCUCAUUGACUUUUGAUUUAUGAGCAAACACUUAAAUUUGGUGACUUUGGUGUCAAAUGUGCUGUAGAUUAAAUUUUGUACUCACUUUGCACUGGAAUUGAAGUUGUAUAUAAAGUUUGUUAUAUUUCUGCAUAA